CCCUCCCGCGCGGCGCCGAGGGGGUGGUGCCGUCGCCACGUCGGUGGAGGGUGCCCGGCAAGAUGGCGGCCGCCGGCCAGAGGGGGUACCCGGUGGGCCGCGCUCUCUGCCUGCUGCUGCUCUGCGGCUGGGCCGUGGCGGCCCGCGACCAGGACACCCCCGAUUCUAUGAAAGUAGAGAUGCUCCAGAAGAACAUCUCUUCUAAAAGUGAGAAUGAAACGCUAAGUAGAUCCCAAAAUUUGACAGACAACUCGCAGAGUAUAACCCCAACAAAAAAAGAGGCAAGCCCAACAAAAAAAGAGGCAUUCCCAACAACAACUAAAGUCAAUUUGGUGACUGCAGUAAAACCAUCUACAGGAAAAGGUGAUUCUCCUCCAUAUGUUCUCUCUCAUGUGGUGACUGCUAGUCCAGUAUCUGAAAUGGAUGUUGAUGCUUCUGAAGAUACUAAAAUUGAGGAAGAGGAUCUUCUAACAGAUUUGAAAGACACACUGAAUAGUUCACCACCCGUUAUAAAAGAAACUAUGGAGUCAGACGGAGGAGAUGACUAUGGGCCUUACGAAAUGACAUCAAAUUCGAGAUACAACCCAGACCUCCUAGAGAUGCCAGAAGAUGACGACUCUGACACCAUUAGUAAUUACAAUGAGGAGAUCAAGACCCUUGAUGAGAAGAUAAAAGAUGUUUCUGUCACAGGGUUGGAAGAAGAAGAGGAAGACAGCCAUUUCUUUUUCCAUCUGGUUGUAGUUGCCUUCUUAGUAGCUGUUGUUUACGUCACUUAUCACAAUAAGAGGAAGAUUUUCUUAUUGGUCCAGAGCCGAAGAUGGAGGGAUGGCCUGUGCUCUAGGACAGUAGAAUAUCAUCGUUUAGAUCAAAAUGUUAAUGAAGCAAUGCCUUCUCUGAAAAUAACUAAUGACUACGUAUUUUGAAAGCACUGUGAUUUGAGUUUGUUGAACUUCUCACUCUUUGCCUGCCUAGUUAUAUAAUGAUAUUCAGGUAUUCUAAAUGUGCUGCUUGUACUGAAAUGAGAUGUACUCUCUUUGACCUGGAAGUUUUUGAGAUUAAAUCUCAUGGAAGAUCAAGGGCAUGAUACAUCUGUUUGCUACUUUGGUCAGGUUUUAUAUCAACUAUAAAAAAAUACAGAGUUUAAUAAUCAGUGCUCUUUCCAUUCAUUAAGCAUCAUCCCUUCUGUCUGGAGCAGUCAUAAUAGUGAUAAUACAAAAAAUAAGCAUAAAAUAUUUUAGGUCUAAUAAAUUAAUGACUUUGUCAUCACUAAAUCAAAUUCAUGAUCUCUUUGCUAAUCACUUAUAUGGCUCAUAAAUCCCACUAUAUUGCAAACUUAAAAUAUAAUUACUUUUUUCUCUGUGUAAAUCCUGAUGCUGCAAUCUUUCAUCUUUUUUUUUUUGUUGUUCGGUUUUUCUUGUUGCAUAAUUUGAUCCUAUUUUAAGCAGAAUAGCUAGCAUGGCUACUUCAUAAUUUCUGUAUGUGCUCAUGCAGUAAGUAAUUUAAAAAUAAUUAUGUAUAAACCAUUUUAUUUUGGAAAUUAUAUACCAUAUACUUCUAUAAAAUGUUUAAUACCUUUGUGAAGAUACGCAGCUUCUUGACUGUCCCAUUUUUUUCACGAAUGGUAUUUAUGACUAUUUCCAUAUCUUGUAAUUAAUGAAUGGAAAAUAAGCCUUAUUCAAUAACCUUACUAAAAUAUCGAUAGUUGACAGGCUUUCAAUACAUCAAAGCUUUCUGUUGAAUUUUAAGACAGUUGGGAAACAGUUAUGUGGUUUGCUAUAUUACAAAUGGGAGAGGCCUGAAAAUGUAAGAAUAAUUUAUUUUGUGGUUAUUCUGACCUAGGUAACAGGCAGAUGAAAGUAAUGGUGUGUGGGGCUGCCAGUCUGUGGACAGCGCACUCUUAAUUUUUGGCAAAUAUUUACGCAUUAGUGUAAAUCAAGUUACUGGUACAGUAGUUUUUUUUUUUUUUUUUUUUACCUUGUCUUUUGUACUUGCAUUAUUUAUGUUUUCAUGGGUUGUAAAAUAUAAAAUCUUAGUUUUCUGUACAUUCUGUUUGUGAUUUAGUUUUCAAACUGAUAAAUAUGUAAAUAACGUUGGAUCAGAACGCCAUAAUUAAUGACUUGGUAUUCAAGUAGUUAUGUAACAUUUUGAAGAAAAUCAACUUUACAGCUGUUGGCAUGAGGUGUCUGAAGGCAUGAUACUAGCUUACAAACGAAGUGCUAAAAGUUCAAAUUCCUACUGUUGAAUGCAUUCUUCUCAUAACCGCAAGAAGUAAAGCACAAACAAAAUAUCUCCAAACUCUUUUAUUGCAGUAAUUUUUAUCAUAUUUGGACUUGUAUCACUUAAUAUUUUGAAUAAGGUUUUUAAAAUAAAUGACAAGAAUAAGCUUGUGAUUUUUAUCUUUCACUGCUUUUAUACAGCACCUUAUGAUAAGGAGCUUACUUGUGCCUGGGAUUGGACAGUCAGUUCAAAACUGUAUUUUCUGUUACUGAUUAAAUUCACUGGGUGUAGGGGGUGUAUGGAGUUUUGUUUUAUGCAUCUGUUAAUUGGUACGUAGGCUAGUUAGCAAGGCUUAAAUGAAAACUUUUAAUAUGUAGGAAUUAAUAAGUUCUUUAACAAGUAAUUGUUCACUUAAGUUGUAUAAUUAGUAAUUUUUGUGGAAGAUACUUGAAACUCUCACCUGAACGUACCCACAUUAAAGCAUAACAUUGCUGUGGUCAAGAUCUGAAAGGAAAGGUUACUUUGCAAAGCUCCGUUAGGAUGUUUAAAUGUUGGAAUUGGAGAGAAGGCGGCUGAUGUUUUUGCACCUGAGAAGUUCAGUAGAUUUCUCCUUAAAUAACAUUCAUAAAACGUAGGGAUUUUGACAGUAGAGAAUAGUAUGUUCUCACUUUGCGGAACAGUUGUGUUUCCUUUCAGCUUGGUUCCACAGGCGUUAUAGAGAACAGUGUGAGAUACUGGAGUGCCUGACUGUACAGAAGUACAGUGAUACCCACGUUAAAAGUUUCAUUUCAAAUGUAAUUUUCUCUUAAACACAUCCAGUGAAUUAGGCCAUCAAGGCAGAUACUACAUUUCCAGCCACUGGACUGACUGUAAUGGCUAGAAUACUGUUUAAAAAAAUGUAGAAAAUUAACAUUAUUCUAAAUUAGUAGAAAUAAGGGAAAUUUUGUGUUACCUUAUUCCAUCUUGGAUGUCUUCCAGAGCUCUUGGAGCAUAGUUCAACUGGCUGAACUAAACCAAUCUACAUGUUUUUCUUCCAGGCUUUCUGAACAAAUAACAAUGUCCUCUUUAAGACUAUAUGUUAAUAUAUUGGUGGAAAAAUCUUGCGUUUCCUUGCCUUUCCUCCCUCCAAUUGUUUGUCCUUGUGAAAAGUCUUUGUAGGGAGAGAAAUUUAUUAGCUUUCCAGCUGUUCCUUCCAACAAACCCACUCCUUUAAAACCCUUUAACUUUUGCUGGAGGAAGAAUGCACACAGCUGGUAGCGAGGAGAUUGCUUUUUGUGAGCUUUUUAGGGAAAACUUGUCAGAGGCCUAGGGUCAACUCAGUUACUAAACCUGCUUCUUUGCAGUUUGUUUUGCAGUCAUCACGUUUUAAAAUGCUCUUAUGUUUAGCUGUGCUGUAACAAUACUUGUCCCACAGAUUCAGUAUUCAUUAGGUGCACCUAACAGUAUUUGGGCCUAAUGGACUGCAACUCUCUCUGGCUGUGCUGCAAAUGUUAAUAAAUUCUCUUCUGAAAUGUC